AUGGUCAUACUGACGACUGUCCAGGUUCCAGUUCUCACCAUGUGGCAGAAAGUCCAAUUAUUCUACCAGGUGAUUCUGGAAAAUGGAGACAAAAGGACAGACAGCUGGCUGCUGGUCUACUCUCCUGUGUCAAUUAGCUGCAUCUUCCUGAGCUACCUGAUCAUUAUAUGGGUUGGGCCAAAGCUGAUGGCCAAGAGGCAGCCAGUCAACCUUAAACCAGUGUUGAUAGUUUACAACUUUGCCAUGGUUUGCCUCUCUGCCUACAUGUUCUAUGAGUUCACAGCCUCGUCCUGGUUGGCCAAAUACAGUCUGCUGUGCCAGCCGGUCGACUACAGCGACAGCCCACUGGCCAUGAGGAUGGCCAGAGUCUGCUGGUGGUUCUACUUCUCCAAAGUUAUCGAGCUCAGUGACACUAUUUUUUUCAUCCUGAGGAAGAAGAACAGUCAGCUGACCUUCCUCCAUGUCUACCAUCACGCCACUAUGAUCUUCAACUGGUGGGCCGGGGUUAAAUACGUGGCUGGGGGCCAGUCUUUCCUGAUAGGUCUGAUUAACUCCCUCGUCCACGUGGUGAUGUAUCUGUACUACGGUUUGGCAGCUCUGGGACCAAGUAUGACCAAAUAUUUGUGGUGGAAACGAUACCUCACCUCCCUGCAGCUGCUCCAGUUUUUCAUAGUCACCAUCCACACCGCCUACAACCUGUUUGCAGACUGCGACUUCCCCGACUCCAUGAACAUCGUCGUGUUCGCCUAUUCUCUCAGCCUCAUCGCGCUCUUCAGUAACUUCUACUAUCGCAGCUACCUCGUCCAGAAGAGGGCCAAAGAAACUUAGAGAUGCAAAAGGAAAGAGAAAGAAGAAAAGUGGAAAGAGAAGCGGUGAGAUAAAGGGUUGAAAUCCAGGGAAGUAGGACAGAAACUGUGAAGGAGAGAUUACAGAGGUGGUACAAAAAGCAACUCCUGCUUGUUUGUUGUGUUAAUUACUAUGUAAAAAAAAAAUAUAUUAACAUACUUUUGAUGUGAUAACAGACAAGUGGAGCAAAUUUCUGAUUUUCAAUAAACAUUUUUCUAUGUGUA